CUCAGUAAUAAUUUUAAAUAAAAAAUAGCCAGCUUAAACUGAGAUUAACGGGAAAACGAGGGGGUAGAAAAGUCAAAUGAAGGAUUCAGGUAGGAGGAUUAGAAGAAUCUCACUUUACCAAGAAAACCCAAAAAUUAAUUUUGCUGCUCAAAGACAGCCUUUCAACCAAAGUGUCUCUCUUUUCUUCUUCUUCUUCUUCUUUCGAUUCUUCUUCUUCUUUAUUUUUCUUAUUUUCUUAAUCAGAAAGUUCCUCAAUUAUAUUUGGAUCUGUUCUUCACAAACGGCUGAUCCUUGAUACACAGUCAAAAGAAACAAAUUAGUUUUUUUUUCUCUGUUUUGGGGUUUUGUCGUAAUUGGAUUGGUGAACAAUCCUGUUUAGUGUUCGAUGAUAUUCCCCAGAGAGAAAAAGGGGUUGAUACAGUGAAGAAAAAUUGUAUUUUUUCAAUAGAUUUUUGUUUUUUGGGUUUUUUUCUAUAUUUCUGGGGAAAUAGGAACAUCAUGGCAGGUGAAGAUUGUAUAGAACUCAAAUUUAGACUUGCAGAUGGCACCGACAUAGGUCCGAGCAAGUACGAUCAAUCCAUGACUGUUUCUUCUCUCAAAGAGAAGAUCAUUUCUCAAUGGCCUAAAGACAAAGAAAAUACUCCAAAGAGUGUAAAUGAUGUGAAGCUCAUCAAUGCCGGGAAAAUACUGGAGAACAAUAGGACGCUUGCUGAAUCCAGGCUUCCCGUUGGUGAACUUCCUGGAAUGAUCAUCACUAUGCAUGUUGUUCUUCGUCCUCCUACUUUAGACAAAAAGAGUGAAAAACUGCAAAAUGAUCCUCCGAUGAAGAAUCGAUGCGCGUGCACCAUUUUGUAGCUGCAAGUAAAUUGGGAUCAUAGAGAUUUUUAUCCUUUGAUGAUAAUAGCACUGGGUGAUGAUUGCUCCUUUAUAUAGAACAGCUUCCAUAGCUUCAAACAAGCUUUGAGAAGUUCCUUCAAAUACAGGAUGAUUGGCAUAGACUUGAAAACAGAUGAUCUUCUUUACAGAAUUUGGUUUCAUUUGUGUGGUUGAUAAUUUAUUUUUCAUUUUUUUUCCUUCAUUGUUUCUCAAAAAUGGCUUAAGAAAAUGUACUACGAUACUUGAAGGAUGUUUUUUUCUUACGUAUAUACAAUAUGUAACAAAAAAUGAAUAAAAGGAGUUUAUCUGUUAAGAAUUCGCUAUAUUU